GGUGCGGCGGUCGCGGACCGGGCCGAAUGAAUGUGCGCUCCCGUUUAUUCAACGGACAGGUGCAGGAGGAGACGAUGUCGAUGUCGCACGCUCGCAACGUACCGGCAGACUGGAGUCCGGGAUACGGGGCACCGUAGAGUGGCAUACAGGCGCUCAGCAUGGACGACGAGGCGUCACCGUGCCCCGUCGCGAGCAAGUUGUCGACAAGCGGCAGCGAGUACGCCACCCUGACCCCGGUGGCACCGAUGUCCUACACCGGGGCACACCACGUGCACCAACACGUGGAGCUGCAGCCGACGCUGUACCACCCGCACCACCAGCAGCCGCCGACGGUGGCCGUGUUCCCGACCUUCUUCUGCGGCGGCGCUGUCCCGGAGAUGAUGACGACCACGUCGACGACGUCGAUCGAGCUACAGGACCUGCCGCCCGCGGUGGGCGGCGUUCCGUCUCCCGACUUCUCGGUCAACUCGGACUCGGACGACUCUUCGUCGGAGAAGGGAGGCUCGGCUGACCCGUUCGCCCCCGAGUGCAAGAUCCCGCUACCGGUUCCAUACUCCCCGUAUGACUACUGGCUCGAGCCCACCUUCAUUCGGCGCCGGAAUGAGCGGGAGCGACAGAGGGUUCGGCACGUGAACGAUGGCUUCGAGCGACUGCGUAGCCGACUGCCUCUUCCUCCACGAGACAAGGACCGUCGGCUGAGCAAAGUAGAGACUCUGCGCUAUGCCAUCAGCUACAUCAGGCACUUGCAAAGGCUGCUGGGACUACUUGACGAUGACGAGGAUGAAGAUGGGGAGAACAACCGAUGCCGCUGAUAGCAGAGGCCACGAAAGAAGCAUGUUCGGACGGUUGAGCACGAUAACAGCUUAAAGAGAAAUAGUGUGUGUGCGUGCCCAAGUGAACUUCUCAAGUCACAUGUGUUUCCUACCUCAUAAUCAGCAAUACGUCCUUUCAAUGCACAGAAAUAAUAAAAAAAAACUUGUCAGUUUUUCAGCAGCUAUUGCUAAUGAAUAUGGCCCAACUUGGUGUGUGAAUAAAGAUUAAGACUUGCAAUGUCUGCAGAAGCCUUUAGCUAUGUGCGCCACCCACAUACCCGCCUAAAAAUGUGCAAUGCUUU